AUGGUUCCCUCAUCCCCCCAACACUUCCUUGGCACGACCUACGCCGUCGCCACUCUUCCCUCCCUCCGCCGUGAUUGCACCCUCCUCGCCUGCGGAUCCCACCGCCGCGAGUGCAUCAUCGCCCCCCGUCGCCGCGACACACCGUCGCUGCCCCCCCUCCCCCCUUCUUUUUUCCGCCGCCGCGCCUUCUCUGGCGCCGCCUGCGCAUCCUGCCGCGACGCGUCGUCGCCGCCUCCUCCUCCCCCUGCCGCGACCCCCCGUCGCCGUCUCCCUCCCGCCGCCGCGCCUACUUCGGCGUCGCCCGCGCAUUCCCCCGCCGCGACACCCCGUCGUCGCCUGCCCCUCCCGCUGUCGCGACGUCGCAUCGCCGCCUCCCCCUACCGCCGUCGCGCCUUCCUCGGAGCCGCCUGCGCAUCCCGCCGUCGCGACGCCCCGUCGUCGCCUCCCGUCCCGCCGCCGCGACAUCGCGUCGCCGCCUGCGCUCCCCAUCGCCGCGACCCCCCCCGUCGCCGCCUACGCAUCCCGCCGCCGCGACCAGCUCGUCGCCGCCUGCACGAUCCGCCGCCGCGACUUCGCGUCGCCGCCUACGCAUCCCGCUGCCGCGACCUUCUCGUCGCCGCCUGCACGACCCACCGCCGCGACUUCGCGUCGCCGCUUGCACGACCCGCCGCCGCGACUCCGCGUCGCCGCCUGCGUAUCUCGCCGCCGCAACCUUCUCGUCGCCUCCUGCACCCCUUGCCGCCGCGACUUAAAGUCGCCGCCCGCGCGACCUUUUCCUGCGACCUGCUCGUCGCCGCCCGCACAUCCCGUCGCCGCGACCUAAAAAUCGCCGCCCCCGCAUCUUACCGCCGCGACCUACUCAUCGCCGCCCACGCAUCCCGCCGCCGCGCCUUCCUCGUCGCCGCCCGCGCAUCCCGCCACCGCGCCCUCCCCGUCGCCGCUCGCGCAUUCCGCCGCCUUGACUCCCUCGUCGCCACCCGCGCAUCCCGCCGCCGCGCCUUCCUCGCAGCAGCCGCCUCAUCCCUCAGCAGCAGCGUCAUUGGCAGCAACAGCCCCGCCCACACCUACACCUGCGUUCUCCCUCCCACUCCCCCUUUCCUCUUCCUCUCCUCCCACGCAGCAGCAGCCGAGACACCUCAACAGCCACAACAGCAACAGCGGCAGCACCGGCAGCAGCGGCAGCGGCCGCCGCGGGUUCACCCGCCGUCGCCCCUCAUGGCUACCACUCCUCCCCCUCUCCCUCCUCCCAUUGACGCCUCCUCCGUCGACAAGCUUCAGCUUGCCGCGGACCGCUCGGCGAUGAAUUGGCAUUCCUUCGUCAGGAGCAUCCGCCAUGUUCUCCAAGAUGCAUUCGUCGGACCCUACUGCGUCAUCGACGUCCUCCUCCGCCGCCCGCAAGCCCUCCAGCCCACGGCACCCAAUCACCCCGGCGAACCCCCUCCACCCCCCAUUCCUCCUGGUCCUCCUCCUACUGAACCCACCUUGGAGAUCGCCACUACCCCAGCGCUCCAGGAUGCAGCCGAUGCCGCAUUCCUCCACGAUCGCCGUGAAUACCUCAUCCGCAAGGCGGAGCAUGAGGUUGCGGUACAUAACCACGACUUCGCGCUAGCGGAACGCGCCAAUCGCCUGGCGCUCCUUGAUGAAUACAAUACGGCCAUGGCGGACUACCUCCCUCGGAGCAUCGCGUGGGCCACUGCUGAUAACCGCGCCUGCACCAUCCUCCUCGGCGCACUCCCUGGUACCCUCAUGCGCCGUUUCCAAGCUCGCGAGAUGCGCGCCUCCCUCAUCUGGGCCAAGCUCCAGGCGAUGUUCGAGCGUCGCGACAUCAGCUCUGUCGGCGCCCUGUUCCAGGAGUACUUCUCCAUCACUCUCGCCACUUGUGAUGGCGCAGUUGACUACGUGGGGCGCAUGCAGGAGGUCGCUGAUUGCCUUGCGGCACGCCAAGCUGCCCUCCCCGAGCCUCUGCAAAUCCACCGCCUCCUCUACAACCUCACCCCGGACUACGAGUCCCGCCUCCAUGCCUUCACUGAGGCCAACCCCAUGGCCGGCCUCGACGAUGUGGUCCAGUGGAUCAUUGACACGGAGGUCAAGCUUCGUACCCCCGUUGUCAACCUUACCACCCCUCAGUCCUCCUCCUCCACCUCCCUCACCGCUACGCAGCCGCGCAACCAGGGUGGUCGCAGCAGCAGCGGUGGAGGCCGUGGUGGUGGCGGUGGUGGUAGUGGUGGCCGUGGUGGCCGUGGUGCCGGUGGAGGUGGUGCUGGUAGCGCCCUGCUGGAGGACCUUCCGGUUCUGGUGGUGCUGUGA